GUUAGUUAUCUAGAUAUUUCUGUCGAUUCCAUUACGACAAAUUUUAACAACGGAUCUGAUUGAAAUAUUAAAACCUACAGAGUGAAUUUAAUUAUCGUAAACUGAAUUUUUAUAUUUCAUUUCAAUUUACUGGGAUUGUAAAGAACAAGUACGAAAUAAAAUAUUGUUUUAUAAUUUCCAUUGGUUUUUAUUGAAAUAUUAUCUCGAUACGAAUAGGAAUAAAAGUGAACAUGACUGCAAUAACGAUUGCCGAACAAAAUGAAAAUAUAUUUAAAGGAACUUUAUCUCAGUUGCUAGCAGUUUUUGCAGGUACUUUGGUCGCAGUUAGUGACGGUAUGCAUUACGGUUGGACGGCUCCGGUUUUACCUAUCCUACUGAAACCGGAUUCUCCCAUAAAAAUUAACAAAUACGAAGGAGAAUGGUUGGAAACGUCGGUGAUGGUAGGAGCUUUCGUAGGACUUUGGAUAACGAUGUACUUCGUCGAUAGACUCGGAAGGAAAAAAUCUAUAUUGUUAGCUACUUUCGUGGCGGCGUUAGUUUGGGUUGCGAUAGGUCUCCAACUUAGAGUCGAAUACAUAUUUGUGGCGCGGGCGUUCGCCGGAGCAGCUGGAAACAUGGCGUUCGUAGCGACUCCCAUGUAUAUAGCGGAAAUAGCCGAACAUAAGAUACGAGGAUUCUUGAGUAGUUUAAUUUAUUUGAUGAUGCUGUGCGGUAUUAUUUUAGUUUAUACGGUAGUGCCUUUAACGCCUUUUUACGUCCAUUGCGUUAUUGGCGUAUGUUUGACGUGUACUCAACUCAUCAUUUUCCCAUUUAUGCCGGAAAGUCCUUAUUAUUUGAUAUAUAAAGGCGAAUCGGAACGAGCUGGAAACAAUUUGGAAUGGUUUAGAUCUAAAAAAGUCGAUAUUUCUAAAGAAUUGGAAAAUAUCAAAGAUGCGGUGGCUAGACAAAAAACCGAGAAAGGUAAUUUGAAAGAUCUGUUUACGGUACCUAGUAAUAGAAAAGGAUUUUUAAUUAUGACGGCGAUGAAUUUCGCGCAACAUUUCGCCGGAAUCAGUGUACUACUUAUGAAUUUACAUAUUAUCUUGGAAGCGGCCGGAUCAAUUUAUUUGCAACCGAAUUCGGCGGCCGUUUUAUUUUCUAUAAUGAUGGUUUCGUCGGCUUGUACGGCUUCUAUAUGUAUAGAUAAAUACGGGAGAAAAACUUUGUUGAUUUUAUCGUGUAUUUUAACGGCCGUAUGUUUAUUGGUUAUCGCCGUUUAUUUCAAUUUGAAAAAUUGCGGAUUCGAUACUAUACAGAUCAGCUGGAUUCCUACCGUUUGCGUAAUGUUAUACGCUUGCUGUUUCAAAAUAGGUUUAGGAAUGGUUCCGAUUGUUUUGACUGCAGAAUUGUUUUCUACUAAAAUGAAAGCGUACGGUAUGACCUUAGCUGACGGUUGUUAUAUCGUAGCUUCGUUGUUAUCCAUUCUAAUAUAUCAACGUCUCACCGAUUCGCUAGGUAUGGAAUAUCCGUUUUAUUUAUUUUCCAUAAUUUGUUUACUUACCGCCGUUUUUACUCAUUUGUAUAUACCGGAAACUAAAGGCAAAACUUUGGAAGAGAUACAAAUGAUUUUGAAAGGAAAAUUGUGAAAAAUUUCCGCAAUUUCUAUUCAAAGUUUCUUUAUUUUAAUAAACAUUUUGUCUAUUUAAUGAUAUUAAAGAAUAUUACGAAAGAAAAGAAAAAUCGUUUCAUUCGUACGUGAUUUUACGGUACCUUUUUUUACGCUUGGUAACCGAUUCGGAAACUACAUUUUUUUAAGAACGCAAAUUAACGAAAAAAAAACGUGAUUAGAAAUUUCGUCUUCAAUACAAGGGUUGUAGUUAUUUAUAUUUUUUAGUAAACGUUAAAACACGUGUAAAAUUCAAAGUUAUUUGUUUUUGAACAAUAAAUUUAUGUAUUUACAACUUUGGAAGAGAUACAAAUGAUUUUGAAAGGAAAAUUGUGAAAAAUUUCCGCAAUUUCUAUUCAAAGUUUCUUCGUUUUCAUAAACAUUUUGUCUAUUUGAUGAUAUUAAAGAAUAUUACGAAAGAAAAGAAAAA